UAAAAAGAAAUCGACUAAAUGCAAAUUUAUUAAAUUCUAAGGUAGACCUUUAAAUUGAAUAUUGAUCAAUAUGGCAUUUUAUCAACAUCAUAAUGAGAAUCCAUAUUACUCCAGAAAUAUUUUUAUUGAAAGUGUAUUCAUAGAUGAGAAGAAUCAUGUUGAUUUCAUUGAACAAUUUGUGAAAAAUGUUUGUAACUUUAGCUCUCAAUAUGGUAGUAGUUACAGUAUAUCUUAUACCGCCCACAAUUUAAUUGGAUCACCUAGAAUAUUUCCAAACUACGGAGAUUUUCCACAAGCAUUUGUCAUGAGAACUUAUGGAUUAUGGUGGGAUAAAGCACCUUCAAAAUCAAUUGACUAUAUGCCACAGAAUAAUUCAAAUGUUGUAGGUCAAGAUUAUAUAGAUAUUGAAUACUAUGAAGCUGUGUAUCCAAUCAGAGUCUCAAUAUAUGAGACAUUUAAUCCUGGAAGUGUAAUUCGAAUUUGGGCUCAAGGGUCAGAUCAGUGGUUUCAGUUAUGGAGUGGACCGCCUCAGAUUGUUCGGCCAGUGUCACGUAUAUUUUCCCCACCUUUAAAGAUGUGCUAUACUAAAAUCAAGAUGAUUAGAUUAGAAUUUAAUCACAGUUUAUUAGACUAUUAUACAGAGUUGGAUGCUGUGCUACUUAUUGGUACAUCAGAAUUGGUAUUUCCGAAAGAUCAAACCUAUAAAUGUUUAACCGACCUGUUAAUGAGUACUAUACCAAUUUGCAACGAAGACAUUCAUAAUUUAACAGCAAACUGUCAAUUUGCCCACAUGGAUAUAGACAAUCUUAAAAAUACUUUACAUGAACAUUGUGUUAUAUAUAAAAGUAAUAUAUUAGAAAAUUUUCAACUGAGCAAACUAAUACCACAGUUAGAACAAUUUUAUUAUUAUGUGCCAACUCUUAAGGAGGGAUAUAAUAGUAUGCAACAGUUUUUAUUAAAAGAAUAUUCAAAGUUUAUUGAAGAUAUCCAAUUCUCGUCAGAUGAAUCCAAGAAGUUACCAUGUGGCAAUUUUUCUGUGCUUCCUAUUGAAGUAAUACAAAGAAUAUUAAAAUAUUUGGACUUGAAGUCACUAUGUUAUAUGAGCAGAGUAAAUAGAUAUUUUAAUAAUUUAGCACAAGAUCCUUUGCUCUUCACAAGUUUGAACUUGAAGCCGUACUGGAAUAUCAUUGAUAAACGUCUAUUUGAAUUCUUGACACCUAGAUAUAAGUACUUGAGAAAGCUGGAUCUUUCAUGGUCUUGCAGAUUUUCUAAUAUAGAAAUCGUAAAGUUCAUUAAUACAUGUGGCAGUUUUUUGACACAUCUACGAUUGCGUUGCUCUAGAAAUAUCACUGAUAUUGUCGUUCUCGAAAUUUCAAGAACAUGUAAAAAUUUGAAAGAACUGGAUCUAGGUGGUUGCAGUGUAUCGGACAGAGGACUUUUGUAUCUCGCAAACUUGCAGUUUUUGGAGCGUUUAGAUUUAUAUAGAAAUUAUGUAACAACUUUUACUCUUUGCGAAAUAGUGCGAAGUAAUCCUCGAUUGCGUUACUUGCUUAUAGCAAAUAUUCAAGGAGAAGUCGAUAUAGGCAAUGUUUCCGAGGAAUUGAGAAGACAUUGUCCAAAUUUGGAGAGUGUAGAUUUCUGGAAAGCACAUGUUUUUACAUCGCGGUAUCUCAUUGAACUUUCCGAAUGCAAAAAUCUUCGGGAAGUGAAUUUUGGUUGGUGUGGUUAUACAACUGGAGAUGGUGAAAGCUUUCGUUAUUUCCUUUCUUCCUGCCAAUAUUUGGAAAAAAUCUUCUUGCCCUGUUUUAGAGGACUUACCGAUCGCGAUUUGAAAGCAUUGGCGUCAUGCAAAUAUUUGAAACAGUUGGAUUUGGUAGGCGCGCUAUCUCUCACAGCCGAUACGUGUCAUACAUUUUUCAUGCGUUGUCCUGAGUUAGAGAUGAUCGAUCUCAGCUAUUGUGAUAACAUUUCUGAUCAUUUUAUUGAACAAUGGCGACAAAUGUAUCCACGUGUGGCCAUCAAAAAAACGAAACACUGAAUUUUCAUGAAAAUCAGAGAUCAGUAUUGAUUUUAAUGCAAGAUCUUAAGAUUCAAUACAAAAGAUAUCUUGAAAAGAUCACUUUGAAAAAAGAUCAAAUGCAU